CGACAAAUAUAUAGCAAAAUGGAAUAUUUAUUGUUUGCACAAAUCGAAAGCUGUGUCAGGGAGAUCGGCGAGGCGUUUAACCGUCGCGAUCGAAGGCCGGAAGCAGCACGAUCAUACACGAUCUUCUUCUCCCUCUCGCCUCCUACUCCCACUCACUUCCCCCAAGUGAUCUGAUCACCACCACCAACCACGCUUGCUUGAGCAGAGAGGAACUCAACCGCAAGCAACCCAGAGACGACGAGCCACGCACUCACCGGCAGAAAAAGGGUCAGCCAGCCACGUACGGGUCGCGGCCGCCGUCGCUAGCCGUGCCGGCCGGUCUCGUCAUCGCCAAGGAAACUAAAGCACAGCCACCGGUUGGUGGCGCUUUGCCAUCUCUCGUCCGCUCCCCGCCGCCGCCGCUGCAGCUGCCUCUACUUUGCCUUAAAGCCCAGCAUUGCGACUGUCUUCUCCCUCAUCACCCCAAUGCAGGUCUAGUUAGUGUUUGUAGCUUGUUGCAAAGCAGCAGCUCGCAGCAAUGGCGGUGCUCGGCUCCCUUCUGCUCCUCAUCCUCGCCGCCACGCUCUCUGUCGCUGUUGCUUAUGAUCCGCUCGACCCCAACGGCAACAUCACCAUCAAAUGGGACGUCAUGUCGUGGACACCCGACGGAUACGUCGCGAUGGUGACGAUCAACAACUACCAGACAUACCGUCAGAUAAUGGCGCCGGGGUGGACGGUGGGGUGGACGUGGGCGCGGCAGGAGGUGAUCUGGUCCAUGGUGGGCGCGCAGGCCACGGACCAGGGCGACUGCUCCCGCUUCAAGGCCAACCUCCCACACUGCUGCCGCCGGACGCCCGCCGUCGUGGACCUCCUCCCCGGCGUCCCCUACAACCAGCAGAUCGCCAACUGCUGCCGGGGCGGCGUCCUCCCGGCGUACGGCCAGGCCCCCUCCGCCGCCGCCGCCGCGUUCCAGGUCAGCGUCGGCCAGGCCGGCACCACCAACCGCACCGUCAGGCUCCCCAGGAACUUCACCCUCCUCGGCCCCGGCCCCGGCUACACCUGUGGCCGCGCCAGGGUCGUCCCCUCCACCGUCUUCCUCACCGCCGAUCGCCGCCGCAAGACCCAAGCCCUCAUGACGUGGAACGUGACGUGCACGUACUCGCAGCACCUGGCGUCCAAGUACCCGUCGUGCUGCGUCUCCUUCUCCUCCUUCUACAACGACACCAUCGUCCCCUGCGCCAAGUGCGCCUGCGGCUGCGACGCCCACAAGCCCUGCGUCCGGAGCGAGAGGGACGGGAAGAGGCUGGCGGUGACGGGGAAGAAGCACGACGCGAACGCGAACGCGCACGGGCGCGGCAACGGCGUCGCGGCGGCGGCAAUGGCGGCGCCGCUGCUGCAGUGCACGACGCACAUGUGCCCGGUGAGGGUGCACUGGCACGUGAAGCUCAACUACAGGGAGUACUGGCGCGCCAAGAUCACCAUCGUCAACUUCAACUACCGGAUGAACUACACCGGGUGGACGCUCGUUGCCCAGCACCCCAACCUCGACAACAUCACCGAGGUCUUCAGCUUCGACUACAAGCCCGUCGUCUCCUACGGCUCCAUCAAUGAUACGGCGAUGUUCUAUGGGCUGAAGUACUUCAACGACCAGCUGAUGGAGGCCGGGCCGCACGGGAACGUGCAGUCGGAGGUGCUGAUGAGGAAGGACGCGAGGACGUUCACGUUCAGGCAGGGAUGGGCGUUCCCGAGGAAGGUCUACUUCAACGGCGACGAGUGCCAGAUGCCGCCGCCGGACUCCUACCCUUACCUGCCCAACGCCGCUCCCCCGGCGGCGGCGUCGCUCGUCGGCUCCGCGGUGGCCAUGGCGGCCUUGGUGUUCUUCCUCAUGGCGUAGUGCUUAGAACCUGCAGCAGAAUUAGCAGAUAGGAGGAUGGUUUUGGUCUGAAUAUGAUUUGUGUUUUGAUGUUCUGAACAUACUGGGAAAAAUUGUUUUUUUUUUAAAAAAAAAUCUUGUUUUUGAAUGGUAAAAAAAUUCUGUAAGUGGAGGGGAUAUGAGCAUAAUUUUGGGAACAUAUUUGUACGACACAAUCACUCAAUCAGGAUGGAAUGAGGCGACAAUGACGUUUCACAUUCUCUGACUGAAGUCAGUUACAUCA